GCAGCAAAUCACAAAGGGCUUGACAUUUUAGGGGAAAAACGUACUGUCGAAGUAGCCGUGUUUGUCAAACAAGCUACUUGCUUAUUAAAAGGAAUUACAUCUGACAAAUACGUCGGAAAAAGGCACUCUCUCUCUCUCUCCGAUGGCAUGUGAGUAGCACUGGUAUGUCCCAGUAGCCGUCGUGCUGUGGAGGGUGAAGGCCCCGAGCCUGGAAAUGAAGGCUGGCCAGCAGAAGAAUUCCGUGCGGAUCUUAUCUGGCCGUGAGCGCGGUGCACGCGGACUGGGAUCCCAGCGCCUCCUACAGCAGUUGGUGGAGGACAAGACACGGCGUAUGAAAUGGCACAGCCAAAAAGUGGAGUUGCCGGACAGCCCUCGGUCAACCUUCCUGUUGGCGUUCAGCCCGGACAGGACGUUGAUGGCUUCUACCCAUGUCAACCAUAACAUCUACAUCACGGAGGUGAAGACCGGGAAAUGCGUCCAUUCCCUGGCGGGCCAUCGCAGAACGCCCUGGUGCCUGACCUUUCACCCCACCAUCCCCGGGCUGAUUGCCUCUGGCUGCCUGGAUGGAGAAGUUCGCAUCUGGGAUCUACAUGGUGGGAGUGAAAGCUGGUUCACAGAGAGUAAUGUGGCGAUUGCCUCUCUGGCCUUCCACCCGACGGCUCAGUUACUGCUCAUCGCCACUAAUAACGAGAUCCACUUCUGGGACUGGAGUCGUCGGGAGCCUUUUGCAGUGGUUAAAACCGCCAGCGAGACAGAGAGAGUCAGGUUGGUUAGAUUUGAUCCAUUAGGCCACUACCUUUUGACAGCUAUUGUCAACCCGUCAAACCAGCAGCAGAGUGAUGACGACUCGGAGGUGCCCAUGGACAGCGUAGAGAUGCCUCAUUUCCGCCAACGCUCCUUCCUGCAGUCUCAGCCGAUACGACGUACCCCCAUCCUGCACAACUUCCUGCACAUCUUGUCCUCGCGCAACUCCGGUGUCCAGGCCAGCGACCAGCCUCCCGCUCCUGCUCCGGACAGCGCUGACUCCCAGGGCCUCCCGUCUGGGCGCUACACGGCCCUGCGGGAUCGCUCCCGGCCACCUUACCAUGGCUGCGUGCAGCACCUAGGCAUGGUCUGCUUCUGCAGCCGCUGCUCGGCGUCGCGAGCGCCGUCGCCGCCCGGGGACGACCACGCCGGCUCCGCCUCGCUGGACGCUCAGUCCCACGCCUCCACCUUCUCGUCCGCGCGCACGGAGCCGCGUUUGCCCACCGAGCCGCGUUCCGCCAACCGGCCCUCCGCCUUCAGCAGCGUGUACGGCAGCGCCGGGGGAAACUCCUUGCGGAACUUGACCUCGGGGUCUACGAGACGCGCCGUUCCCGGGGUGAUGGCCAGCCCUCCGCUGGGCCGCGAGCCCUCGGGGCGCCUGCCUCCGCCCGAUUGGAUGGGUGGCGUGCUGGGUGACCGUGGGGCUGAGGUCCGAGGGACCCCCAUCCCUCCACCUCGGACCAGCGCCUCGUCCGUCAGUCUGCUCUCCGUGCUCCGUCAGCAGGACGGCUCGGCUCAGCCUCCCGUUUACACGUCGGCCGCGGACGGGCGGGGCUUCUCCCCGUCCGCCGGCAGGCCGCACGUCGGUGGCGGUUCUCCCGGGGGCGGAGCGGGCCCCAGCAGACACCACCCGCUAGGGGAGGGGGGUCAGAGCAGCCCGAUGUCCAUCCGGAACGUCCUGCAGUGCAACUUGAACCGUUACUUUAUGGAGUACGACCGCAUGCAGGAUGUGGAGCAGCCACUAGAGGGCGUGAGCAGGGACAGCAGCAGCCAGCAUGAGCAGCAGACGCAGGAGUUACUCAACAAUAACGUGGAGCCGGAGCGACCUGGCCCUUCCCAUUAUCAGCCCCUCCCCAACGACGAGGGUCCAGGCGUGUCCCGCGGGCACCUGAACCGAUGCCGCGUGUGUCACAACCUGUUCACCUACAACCAGGGGACGCAGCGCUGGGAACGCACGGGACAGCCUGGGCCUACGGAGGAGGAUGGGUCGCCAUGGCAACCCCAGAACUCUUCCUUCGACAGCCUUCGCCAGUCGGCUUCUCAGGAGGCCCAGCCCCCGGAGAGAAGACCGUUAGACCCGGGCCCAGACGGGGCGGCCCCAGAACCUGCCUUCCCUCGCCCGGGGUCCUCCGGCCAGCAGGGGGGGCAGACAGUGGGGCUGGUGUAUAACCAGGAAACGGGCCAGUGGGAACGUGUUUACAGACAGUCUGCAACCAGUCGUACUGGGAAUGUACCGCAAGAAACCUUACACCAGGAUCUGCCUGACGAGAGCCCAGAUGAUGACUACCUGAGGCGGAGGCUCCUGGAGUCGUCGCUGAUGUCUUUGUCCCGUUACGACAUCUCUGGAUCUCGCGAUCACCCGAUUUACCCGGAUCCAGCCAGGUUGUCUCCUGCUGCCUACUAUGCUCAACGCAUGAUCCAGUACCUGUCUCGCCGGGACAGCAUCCGUCAGAGGUCGCUCCGCUAUCAGAACCGACUGCGGCCCCUCCCCUCCAACUCCGACAGCCCCACAAACAACCCCUCCCCUUCCAUGGAGAACAGUGACGUGGACUUUGAGGAAUACGAGGAUAAUGGUGAUCGGAGUCGACACAGAGCUCCACGCAACGCCCGAAUGUCUGCCCCCUCCCUCGGGCGCUUCGUCCCCAGGCGAUUCCUUCUGCCGGAGUAUCUGCCAUAUGCUGGAAUUUUCCAUGAGAGAGGGCAGCCAGGCCUGGCCACCCACUCCUCCGUAAACAGGGUCUUAGCAGGGGCAGUUAUUGGAGAUGGUCAGUCUGCUGUGGCCAGUAACAUUGCCAACACAACCUACCGACUCCAGUGGUGGGAUUUUACCAAGUUUGAACUCCCAGAAAUCAGCAAUGCGUCUGUAAAUGUGCUGGUGCCCAACUGUAAGAUAUACAACGACGCCAGCUGUGACAUCUCCGCCGACGGGCAGCUGUUGGCCGUCUUCAUUCCCAGCAGCCAGCGGGGUUUUCCAGACGAGGGCAUUCUGGCCGUCUACUCGCUAGCUCCGCACAACCUGGGUGAGAUGCUCUACACCAAGAGAUUCGGUCCGAACGCCAUCUCUGUAAGUCUUUCUCCGAUGGGCCGGUACGUGAUGGUGGGGCUGGCCUCACGUCGCAUCCUGCUGCAUCAUAUCACUGAUCACAUGGUCGCCCAAGUCUUCCGCCUGCAGCAGCCCCACGGAGGAGAGACUUCCAUGAGGCGUGUUUUUGACGUGGUCUAUCCCAUGGCUCCGGAUCAGCGCAGACACGUCAGCAUCAACUCGGCCCGCUGGCUUCCCGAACCGGGCCUAGGACUGGCAUACGGAACCAAUAAAGGAGACCUGGUCAUCUGUAGACCUGUAGAUGCCCAACUGGAUGGUGACUCUCCCUCUGAGCAUACAGAACCCAUGUUUGCCAUGAACAACAGCGGGGCCAGCAGCAGCAGCAGGACUGGAGAGAGACCAGGCAGGACUGGCUGGAGGUCAGACAGAGACAUGGGCCUGAUGAAUGCGAUUGGCCUGCAGCCACGACAUCCCGCCCCCUCCGUGACAUCACAGGGCACGCAGACACCCGUGCUGCAGCUGCAGAAUGCAGAGACGCAGACAGAGAGAGACCUCCAGGAGCCCAGCACUUUCCUUAGCUCACAAAGCACAGAAGUGCUGGCUGACGUGAGUGGCCCUCCUGCCAGUAGUUUAGACGUGGUUCCUGAGACCCCUCCACACAGCUGGCCUCCUGACGAGGGGUCAGAGCAGGCUGCAGGCGCGUCUCAGGACUCCAGCGUCAGCAGCGCAAGUCCAGGGGAGGGGCAGGAGUACGGCUCAGGAGAAGAUGCUCUGACCCGUAUUCGGCGGCUGAUUGCUGAAGGUGGAAUGACAGCUGUGGUGCAGAGGGAACAGAGCACCACCAUGGCCUCUAUGGGCAGCUUCGGUAACAACAUCAUCGUCAGUCACCGAAUCCACCGCAGCUCUCAGACAGGGGCGGAGUCACAAGCGCGAGCACGGAGCUCUUCCUCCCCAACCCCCUCCUCCUCCUCCUCUGCCGCCUCUUCCUCCUCCGCCUCCAUCGGCAGCAGGCUGAGCCUGGCUGAGGCAGCCGGCUCCUGUUCCCGCAUCCUCACCCAAACGCUGACUCUGGACCAGGUCCCUCCCCCCGGCCUGCCCCCGCCCAGAGCCUCGCAGCCCCGCCUCCCCCAAAACAUUCCCAUGGAAGCGGACGACAUGUUUGAAGUCGAGGGCUUUGGAGAUCGCCAGCUGCUGCACCCAACAAGGCCUUCCUCCUCCUCCUCCUCUUCCUCCUCUGCCUUACCUGGUAGCCCGCUGUCAAACAACAACAAUAAUAACAGCAGCAGUGCAGGCGGUAGCAGCUACCACGAAGACCCCCACGGCCGGUAAGGACACGCAGAAGGCUCUCAGCCAGACCAGAGACUGGGGCGUGCCACAUAGCCAGGGAUCAGCACCAGGGAAGCCCCCCAUAUCUGGACUGGAUCCGUGAUAUGGCUCUCUUCCUGCAUCAGCCUUAUGACGAUCUGAGGUGCUGGAUCCCACGUCAAAGCCCUGUAAAACAGAUGGGACAAGAGACAGUUGAGCC